GCAAAGGGUGUAGGACAUCAGCUGUGUGGAAGAUGUGCCUUUGAUUUUUUUUAAUUAACAACACGACUUUAGGGCAGGUCCUAAAAUACAUCGUCAGAUCUUGAAGAUAAACAUAACAACAACUGUUUUUAGAAGCUGGAUUAUUUUUCCCUGCACACGAAAGGAUGAAUAUUUGGACCACUGUCAUUGUCUUGUGCGCAGCAUGGCCCGGUGCUUUGUCUGUGACGAGAUACUCGAUAGCCGAGGAGAUGGAGAGGGGCUCUGUUGUGGCUAAUCUCGCUGCGGAUUUGGGGCUUGAGUCUGGAAGUCUGGCACAGCGAGAGGUAAAACUUGAUAUUUUCUCCACCAAAAAAUACCUAGAUUUUAACAAAAAGACGGGGGAGCUGUAUAUCGUGGAAAAGAUGGACAGGGAAUAUCUUUGUCCGAUGAAAACAACAUCUUGUUUUCUGAAGCUCGAUGUUAUAAUAGAAAGCCCCUUGCGUAUCUUCAACAUUGAACUUGGAAUAACGGAUAUUAAUGAUAACGCUCCGCAUUUUCGACGAGACAGAGUAGAGCUCGACGUUUCAGAAUCAGCUACACCGGGAGAGAGAUUCUCCCUGCCCAAUGCCGUGGAUCCAGAUGUUGGCAUAAAUACAAUAAAAACAUACAAACUCAGUACCAGUAAACAUUUCACCAUCGAAAUUCAGACGGGCAGUGAUGGAACUCAGUAUGUUGAUUUAGUGUUGACCAGUUCUUUAGACAGGGAGGAGAAUGCUGUUCACAAUUUAAUACUGACGGCUGUGGACGGCGGAGUCCCUGUGCGCUCCGGCACAGCCAAUAUAAUUGUUAGAGUACAGGAUACAAACGACAACCCUCCUCGGUUUGAUAGUCAGAUUUACUCAAUUAACAUGAGAGAAAAUGCCCCGAUUGGAACCUUAGUGAUGAAGCUCAACCCUACAGAUCUUGACGAGGGUCCGAAUUCAGAGAUAGUACACUCAUUCACCCUUUAUACCUCAGAAAAAGCACAAGAUGUUUUUGCAUUGAAUCCUAGCACGGGGGAGAUAACUGUAAAGGGAACUAUUGACUAUGAAGACAUGAAAUUUUACGAGCUGCACAUUGAGGCCAGAGAUAAAGGGACGCAUCCUCUACUGGGGCAGUGUAAAGUAGUCGUCAACGUAACAGACAUGAAUGAUAAUUAUCCAGAAAUCACAAUUCAGUCUGUUAAAAACACAGUAGAUGAGAACAUACCAGUAGGAAGUGUUAUUGCACUGGUUGGCAUAAGUGACAGAGACACUGGUGACAAUGGCAAUGUCAGCUUAUCUAUGCAUCAACCCAUGCCCUUUAUUCUUAACAAAUCAUCAGAAAGUCCCAUGUUUUACAAUCUUAUAGUGUCGGAGCCUUUGGAUCGUGAAUCAGUACCUGAAUACGACAUCACAUUGAUUGUGACAGACGCAGGAACUCCACCCUUAUCUGAUAAUGAAACAAUAACUUUGCAUCUACUGGACGUUAACGACAAUGUC